AUGGACGACAGCGCUGUCAAACAGAUCCAGCUUGCACGGGCCCAUCGCUUGGUUCAGUGGCGCGGGAAAACACCCCGAGGCCGUCCCAUUGUGUCCAACCUCCUAGAUCCCAGACACAAGAUCACCAUCAUGGGGAAGGCCGGGGAGCUGAACAGGAACAGGACUGGGUUUGACGGACCAGUUUCCCGGCAAAGUCAUGCGGCGACGCAAGUUGCUCCAACCGGUGCUAGCAGAGGCAAGAACCGCUGGUCGGAGAGCUAA